AUGUUUUUCACUCGGACCGCGACGCGAAGCUUCAUUGGCGUUCGCACAUUUUCUACAGGUCGUGUGUAUCGUGCGGAGCUUUCCUACCAGGUGUACGGCCCUGAAAAGGAGGAAGCCAUUCGCGAUCCCAUUCUGUUCCUGCAUGGGCUCUUCGGUUCUAAGCAAAAUAACCGGAGUAUCAGCAAGGCUUUGGCCAAGGAUUUGAAAUGCCAGAUCUUCACAUUGGAUCUUCGUAACCAUGGUGAUUCUUUCCAUGCCCCAGAGCAUAACUACAGUGUCAUGGCCGAAGAUGUUCAAAAGUUCAUACAUCAGCAGAAGCUCAACAAAUGCGUCCUGAUUGGCCAUUCGAUGGGUGCCAAAGCCGCGAUGACUGUAGCUCUUCGGUCCCCGGAGAGCGUUUCCGCCCUAAUCCCGGUUGACAAUGCUCCGCUAAACGCAGCCCUGAAGAGUGAUUUCCCCAAAUAUGUCCGGGGUAUGCAGCACGUGGAGCGAGAGAAAUUGCAAAAGCAAUCAGAUGCAAACAAGAUCCUCGAGGACUAUGAAGAGUCCCUUCCUAUCCGUCAAUUUCUUUUGACGAAUCUUGUCCGCUCCAACGACGAGCGUAAGACACUGAAGUUCCGUGUGCCCCUCUCAGUCAUCGGCGACUCGCUCGAUAACAUGGCGGAUUUCCCCUUCCGCGAGUCGGAUGCCGUCCAGUACAAUGGACCCACCCUCUUCGUUCGGGGUACCAAGUCCAAGUAUAUCACUAAUGACACCAUUCCUGCAAUCAAAAAAUUCUUCCCUAACGCUGAGAUUGCGGACGUCGAGGCGGGCCACUGGCUUAUCUCUGAGAAACCCGAAGAUUUCCGCCAAGCCGUUGUCAAGUUCUUGAAAUCGUCCUAA